UUGUUGUGUGUGCAGAAAAAAUUCCAAUUAUUCUCCUCUUCUCGUGUGUUGUAUAUACGCGCAAAAAUAAAUUUUGGAUUUUAAGCUGCGCAAAUUAUGAAAAAGAAUUAAAAAAUUAAUACACCUCAAUUAAAUAAAUAGCUUGAACAAAGAACAACAGAGCGGGUGAAGUUGUAGCCGCCGCCGACAUCGAACCAAAAGUCUCCCCUUCAUGCUUGUUGGAGAAAGUGAGAUGUACUAAGGAGACUGUUAUUAACAUAAAAGUUAAACAAAGAGUAAGAGAGAAGGAGAAUAUUGUGUGUUUUUUCUUUCGUAGUAUAGUGAAAAUAAAAUCAGACAAAACAACUACGACAAAACGAAAAAAAAACAACAAAUACUAGUGCGUCAAAGCUUUUUUUAAUCUGAAGACAAAACGAAUCGAAAAGAAAACAAAACAAAAACUACUACCAUGUCUUGUUCACCGGCAAACUCACCAUCAGUCAACGAUGAUUGUAGCCGCACUAAAAUGCUACCCCACACACCACCGGCCAGCCAAGAAACCCAGCGAAACACUGAUACGCCUUCGCCUACCACCACAUCGACACCUUUAUCUACCCCAAAUUCCCUACAUUCCUCUAGUUUUUUACAUGAUCCUACAUCGACAUCAGCACCGGGUAAACACAAAUCUGCCUUCCUACCCUAUAGACCUCAAGCUACCGUCCUCACCAACCUGCAAAGAGGCAACACCGAAGCUACAUUUUGUCCAGUCGAGGUACAACUAUCGUUUCAUGAAAGAGCUGGCCAAGGAGAAGUAAGCGAAGAGCAAAUAUACAAACAAAAAGCCACCAACAUAGAUGCCAAAGAUGCCUUUGGUUUUACACCACUGCACUGGGCCUGCUAUUAUGGUCAAUUGGCCACGGUGCAGCCUUUAAUUGAAGCUGGUUCAAAUAUCAAUGAAGAGGCACCGGAAAUGGUUACACCCUUGCUAUUGGCUGCCUCGGGCGGACAUCAUGAAGUUGUACGCUUGUUAUUGGAAAAAGGUGCAGAUUAUAAACAUAUGGAUAUUAUGGGUAAUACAGCAUUAAUGUAUGCCGCUGCUGGUAAUCAUCCGCACACUUGUAAUGAGCUUCUGGCCAAAGAUCCUGAUAUGUCGACUGCUAAUGAAAAUGGUGAUACAGCAUAUUCGUUGGCCAUCGAAAAUGGCGCUAUUUUAGCUCAGGCGGUAUUGGAACAAUAUUUAACGUCUAUUUUAUCCUUAUAAAAUUAGUCUUAUCUACAACAUGCGAGAUGUGAGAACCUUAAACAAGUUUUGAUCGAAAAGCAAAAUCCAAUUGAUAACCUACUCGACUAUUUGGCCACGUUUGAAAUUUUGGGUUUUUCACAUUUUCCAACCAUUCGCGUGGAUCGACGACCGACUGAAAAAGUGAGGCGACGACCCAAACAACAAUCACAGAAUUAAACAAACAACCAACGAACCGGGCCAACAACACAAGUAUAAGCAGCAGCACAUACGUUUAACAACAAUAACAUCAACUACUACGACGUUAACUUGGCUAAGUAAAGUAAAAUAACAACAGCAAAAAAAAACCUAAUGUUUUGAAGCAUAAUAACAAAACACGCAAAACCACAAUAACGCCAAGAAAAAUACUGAACAAAAAAAAACGGAGAAUAAAUAAAAUAAGAAACCUCUCGUAAGCCUUUUUUCAACGUAUAUACGUACGACUUUGUUUUUACUAUAAAGGAACGGCGGAAGGGCAACAACAACAACUCGUUCUGUAAUAGACAUUUUAUUCCCUAACAAAAGUUUAAGUACAACCAACCACAAAAGGGAUAAAAGAAUUGUUGUUGUUUUGAAAACAUCAUAAUCAUCAUCAUCAUCGUCAUCAUUAUCAGCCACAUCGCUUAUUGAAUGACUUCUCAAUAUCUGCAUGUGGAUGUUGUAUGUGUGUUUGUAUGGUAAAAAAAAGGCUGAUUAUUUUAUGCAAAAAAAUAAGUUUUUUAACAAAAAAGGAAUUAUAAUAAAUCUUGUGUGUGUGUAAUGUAAAGAAAACAA